AUCUUACUGCCCGUUACCAUCGCCUCGGCAAAAUCAAGCAUUACACCGAAGCGGAGUCAUAUGCGACGAACGAUCUUGCCNAUUCCCCUCCAUCUUCUCGAUAUUCGACCCGGCGAGACAAAUUUGGUAUUGUACAUUUAUAGAAUGGACAUGGCAAGAGUCUCGAGACCUGCUGAGCACAGAGUGUCCAAGAAGCCGAGAAAGAGCAUCGCCUAUAUCAACAACCUGUUGAAAGAGAUCGAACGUCUAAAGCAACAAGUUUCCACACCACAGAGCGAGAAUCGACAGCAGAGUCAAGACGACACGCCUGAGCCUUCUGCCACGACAGAUCCGGGAAACCCAUUGGUUCGAGAUGACGCUUGCUGCGAUCUGACCUUGCAAGUGCUGAUGCCAGAUAGNACUAUUUACUCGUUGGCGAUGAAUAGGCGCCAUUCAGCUUACUGGUAUAUUGGGUCUGCGAUGCGGCUCUCCAUGACUUUAGGCCUGCACCACAACAUUGCAGAGUCACAACUGCCGGGUCUAGCUGCAAGACAGAAGAGAGCACGUCUCUGGUGGACAGUCUACGCUCUCGAUCGUUUUAUCGCCAGCAAAAUUGGACAUUCUGCAUUCAUCCAAGACAAUGAUAUAGAAGUCAUUCCGCCUUCAGAUACUGGUCUCACCGAUGCCCAGAAGGGCGAUGUGGUCAGCGCCGACUAUCUCUGUGCGAGUAUGCGGCUGGCGAGUAUCGCUGGUGAGACAAUUUCUACCUUGUACAGUCGCAAGAAGAACGAUCGACCGUUCGUUCAGAAGGUGCAAGCCAUCUUCAAAAGCCUUCGAGAUUGGUCGGCGACAUUACCGGAAAGUGUUAAGAUGUGGCCAGAUAAACCUGCGAGCUGGCAUAUCGUCGCUUUACAUCUAUCUUUCAAUCAGUGUGUCAUCCUCGCCACAAGACCAACCUUGCUGCAGGUCUUUCAUGUGACCAACCGCACGAAUCGAAAAGAUGAGAUUCCUCAAGCUACAUUCAUGCUAGCCGAGACUUGCGUGCACACUGCGAGACACACCUGUCGCCUCAUAACCCAAGCUUGGACAGCGCUUCCAGCUCUGGAUUAUUCAUCGGCGCAGUAUCUCUAUGCUGCUGCGACCAUUCUUGCAGUUUCCAACCUCUGCCUUGGAUCCAACGCACAGGCAGACAAGGAGACGUUCCAAUCUGCACAUCAUCUCAUGAAGCAACUCGAUCGGCUAGGAAACAUCGCUGCAAGAGAAUUCUGUCAACACCUGGAUGCUGUUCUCGAGUGCAUUUCAAGAUUCGAGGGCGAGAAGUCUGAGCAAUUGUUGGGAGUCACACCGCAACAGCUGUCAAACAUUGAUCCGCUACGGAUGGACGAGGUGACGAGCGAGAUGGCAAUCUUCCAGAAUGUGCAAGACUUGUUGUCGUAUGACAAUGCUGAUUUGGAAGCGCUCUUCCCUUUUGACACGACAGAUAUAUGGCCGUAUGUGUCGAUGCCGGACUUCGAGCUGUAA